AUGGGGGACGCCGCCGACUCCGGCCUCGACGUGGCGGCGGUGGAAAGUUUCCUCGAGAGGCAACCGGAGCUGGCGGAGAAGUGGCUGAAGAGGAAGAACUCGGUCCCUAAAGCGCCUGCCCCGCUGCCGGCCCGUCGGAGGAGCGACGGCCCCGGCGGAGGCUGAGGCAGCGCGAGCGGUCCUGGCAGGGGUCUGCAGCGGCGAGCCCAGAGGGAGCUGCGGAAAAGCUUCGCCCGCUCCAAGGCCAUGCACGUCAAUCUCACCUACGACGAGCAUGUGCACGUCCGGGAGCAGGAGCCGCUGAGUAGCGUGAGGCGGCGAGCGCUGCUGCGGCAGGCCAGCUCCUUGCCCGCCACCACCGUCCACACCCUCAGCACUCUGCCGGAGUCCCGGGUCAGCCUGCCCCAGUACCCCCCCACCGGCCUGGACUACAAGCGCUCCCUCAAGGAGCACCACGAGCGCCAAUUCUUCCUGGAGCUAGUCAAGGACAUCUUCAAAAACCUCGACCUCACCAGUCUUAGCUACAAGAUCCGUAUCUUUGUCUGACUCAUGGUGGACGCCGACCGGGGCUUCCUCUUCCUCGUGGAGGGGGCCACUGCCGGCAAGAAGAGCCCGGUCUCCAAGUUUCUCGACGUGCAUGCCGGCACUCCGCUGCUGCCCUGCGGAUCCACGGAGAACAGUAACGAAGUGCAGGUGCCCUGGGGUAAGGGCAUCAUCGGCUAUGUGGCGGACCACGGAGACACCGUCCACAUCCCCGACGCCUACCAGGUAGGAGGCGGACAGGCUCCCGGCAAUCCUCUGACCCCGGCUCUCCCCCCGCACUGCGGCGAGAGAGAAGCCUCGCUGCCGCCCGGACCCCCUGCCCCCGGGGCGUCCCUCCUCGCCGCCUUUCCUUUUCCCAGGUUGUCCCCUACUGCCUCCGUCGUGGUGUCGGGGGUUGCGCGCAGCGGCCGCAGUGAGCUCGAAGCAGCUGUUGACGGUGCGGGAGGGGACUCUGGUGAGGUGAUGCAGAUGUAUCUCCCAUUCUGUGGGAUUGCAGUGUCCAAUGCCCAGCUAUUUGCAGCUUCAAGGAAGGAAUAUGACAGAAGCAGGGCUCUACUGGAAGUAGUGAAUGACCUCUUUGAGGAGCAGACUGACCUAGAGAAAAUUGUCAAAAAAAUUAUGCAUCGGGCCCAGACUCUGCUGAAGUGUGAAUGGUGCUCAGUGUUACUUCUGGAAGAUAUCAAAUCACCAAUAACCAUAAUGAGAAUCAUCAACCUGCACAUGGUUCGACUGACUGGUUAUACUCCCUUAUGCAAUAAAGAGAAACCUAUUGAUGUCCUUAAUACCGAUGAAGCCAUGGCCCCCAUAGCAGCAAACAUCCCUCUGGUGUCAGAGCUUGGCAUUGAUGAUAUCCAUUUUGAUGACUUCUCACUUGAUGCGGAUGCCAUGAUUACUGCAGCCCUGCGGAUGUUCAUGGAACUUGGAAUGGUUCAGAAAUUUAAAAUUGACUAUGAGAUGCUGUGUAGGUGGCUUUUGACAGUUAGCAAGAACUAUCGAAUGGUUUUUUAUCACAACUGGAGGCAAGGGUUCAACAUCUGCCAGCUAAUGUCUGCCAUAUUAACUACUGCAGGAUUUCAGGAGAUUCUGACUGAAAUUGAAAUUUUAGCUUUGAUUGUGGGAUGCUUAUGUCAUGACCUUGACCACAGGGCAACCAACAAUGCCUUCCAAGCCAAGAGUGGAUCAGCCUUAGCUCAGCUCUACGGCACCUCUGCUACCUUGGAGCACCAGCAUUUCAAUCAUGCUGUCAUGAUUCUCCAAAGUGAGGGUCACAACAUCUUUGCUAACUUGUCCUCUAAGGACUACAGUGACCUUAUGCAGCUUCUAAAGCAAUCGAUAUUGGCAACAGACCUCACUCUGUAUUUUGAGAGAAGGACGGAGUUUUUUGAACUUGUCAGUAAAGGUGGCUGUGACUGGAUCAAAAAACACCAAGAAAUAUUUCGAUCAAUGCUAAUGACAGCCUGUGACCUUGGAGCUGCGACCAAACCGUGGGAGAUUUCAAGACAGGCAUCUGAGCUGGUGACCAGUGAGUUCUUUGAACAUGGAGACAGAGAAAGAUCCAAACUCAAACUCAUCCCUUCUGCCAUUUUUGAUCUGAACAGGAAAGAUGAACUACCCAGGUUGCAGCUCGAGUGGAUUGAUAGCAUCUGCAUGCCAUUGUGUGAGUGUCUAGUGAAGCUGAAUGCGAAACUGAAGCCUAUGCUGGACUCUGUGGUAGUAAGUAGAGGUAAAUGGGAGGAGCUGCGUCAAAAAAGACUUCGUUCUCAGACAGCAUCCUCAGUCUCCUUUUCCUCUAGCUUUACCGUGUCUCUCAAACACAUAAAUUAA